AUGGCCGUCACAUUGAACACCUCUGGGGCCGCCGGUUUCCCGCAGAUCAUUAAAGCCCUCCAGAGGUUGCAGCACAACCCAGAGCUUCUCACCCGCGAGCGAUCGAUGUUCAACGACCCUCCACCGCCGUACAGAUCAAAUUCACAGAAGAUUUGUGAGACGGAAAGAAACGUUGCCUUACAGCAUAGGGGAGGAUUUCGACAAGGAAUAUGGAAUGACAAGUGGCCGCGAUGGGCUAGGGGGGCGAGCUGGAAACAUGAAGAAUCUCCCGAGCCUGAGCCCCAGCCAGGACCAGAUCGUUCGAUAUCUAUAUCAGACCCACUGGACCCAAGGCCGAAAAUUGUCAGUGAGGAAUGUAGGGCUGCCCACGAACAUGAAACACGGGCUUUCCGCCCCUACUAUCAGUUUCUUUAUCAGAUAUCCAAAGAGCGCGAGUGGCUAGAAGACGAACCAGACAGUGGAUGCACUGAUAUCGAUGUCCAAGCCUAUGAAAACGUUAAGAAUCGUUGGCUCACGCAAAAGAUCUGGAAUCCGCAAUGGGGCAAUGAUAUGCCUGGGAUGACCUGGAUUCACGAAGUGCCCGACGAUGAAGAUUCCGAUGACGACCGUCCUGUUUGCCGUGUCCGCUACAUGUACCGCUCACAUGAGGUCCCUUCCGCGUCCCCGGAACCAACAGGGGAGGCUGGACUUCCCUUAACUUCUAAGUCAAGGGAAGAAAUGGAGACGCUUUCACAGGUGGGAAUGCAUCUUAAAUACCCAUUCCCAUACCCCAGAGCCCUAAAAAUACAAAGGAACCUCAAAAAUCUCCACGCCCCGCUCCUGGUUCAAAUGGUAUUUCAAAUGUUAGAAAGCGUGCUACUCGAGAUUCUCCAGAUCCUGGUUUACGCGAAUGAGUAG